CCUCAAUAAAGUAAAAGAGAAAAUAAAAGGCGUUGCUCUCUUCUGAGGGAACAGUAACAAAAGAGCGAGGAGAAGAAGAAAAUCGAAGAAGCUGCAGCGGAGCUCUAGAAGAGAGAACAGGAAUCGUUUAGGGUUUUUUGUUCUCUUUUGAGGUUCUGAAUUGGUUCAAGCCGUUGGAUCUGAUCGGAGUUUUGAUGAUUGGACCCUCGGACGAGUUGAUCGGGCCUUGAUUUUGUUUAUUACUGUUGUUUCUUCUUUUCGUUUGAGAGGAGGAGAGGAGGAGGUCAUGAUGAUCUCGUUGCAGAGCGGAGCAGGGGUUUCUCGAGCUCCGUUUAUCUCUGAUCGAGCCGAAGAUGCCUUCGCUGUCAAAGCGGAGCCGUCUUCUGCACUCAGUCUCCAGCCGUUCAAGGGUCAUGAUUCUCAUGAAGUCGAUGAGGAUAUGCACUUAGCCCUUGCUCAUCAAAUGUAUAAAGCUGGCAACUACAAGCAGGCACUAGAGCAUAGUAUUGCUAUUUAUGAGAGAAGUUCACUGCGCACUGAAUCUCUUCUCCUUGGAGCAAUAUACUAUCAGUUGCAUGAUUAUGAUAUGUGCAUAGCUAGAAAUGAGGAAGCUUUGCGAAUUGAACCGCGGUUUGCUGAGUGUUAUGGGAACAUGGCAAAUGCAUGGAAGGAGAAAGGAGAUAUUGAUCUUGCAAUUCGCUACUAUUUGGUUGCAAUUGAGCUUCGUCCCAACUUUGCUGAUGCAUGGUCAAACUUAGCUAGUGCAUAUAUGCGGAAGGGGAGACUGAAUGAGGCAGCUCAAUGCUGUCGUCAAGCACUUCAGUUGAAUCCUCUUUUGGUUGAUGCUCAUAGUAACCUUGGAAAUCUAAUGAAGGCACAAGGAUUGAUACAAGAAUAUGGAGAUGCAAUAUCCUGUUACAACGAGGUUCUUCGUAUUGAACCCUUGGCAGCUGACGGACUUGUAAAUAGGGGCAAUACUUACAAAGAGGUUGGUAGAGUAAGUGAAGCAAUUCAAGAUUAUAUACGUGCUAUCAAUAUCCGUCCUACCAUGGCUGAAGCUCAUGCAAAUUUGGCUUCAGCAUACAAAGACAGUGGACAUGUGGAGGCUGCUAUAAAGAGCUAUAAGCAGGCUCUGCUUCUUCGACCAGACUUCCCUGAAGCAACUUGUAACCUUCUACACACGCUGCAGUGUGUGUGCUGUUGGGAUGACCGGGAUAACAUGUUUGCUGAAGUUGAAGGAAUUAUCAGGAGGCAGAUCAAUAUGUCAGUUCUACCUAGUGUGCAGCCUUUCCAUGCUAUAGCAUACCCUAUUGAUCCUAUUCUUGCACUUGAAAUUAGCCGUAAAUAUGCUGCUCAUUGCUCGAUAGUUGCGUCACGUUUUCAACUUCCUCGCUUCAACCAUCCUGCUCCAGUUCCUGUUAAGCGUGAUGGUGGAUUUGAGAGGCUAAGAGUUGGGUACGUCAGCAGUGAUUUUGGUAACCAUCCCUUGUCACACCUUAUGGGUUCUGUAUUUGGCAUGCACAACAAAGAGAAUGUUGAGGUAUUCUGCUAUGCAUUGAGUCAAAAUGAUGGUACUGAAUGGAGGCAGCGUAUCCAGUCCGAAGCAGAGCAUUUUAUAGAUGUGUCUGCUAUGACAUCGGAUGUGAUUGCUAAAAUGAUUAAUGAGGACAAAAUACAGAUUCUUGUUAAUCUCAAUGGCUAUACAAAGGGGGCUAGGAACGAAAUCUUUGCUAUGCAGCCUGCACCGAUACAGGUCUCCUACAUGGGGUUCCCUGGGACAACAGGGGCUACUUAUAUUGAUUACUUGGUCACCGAUGAGUUUGUUUCGCCUCUGCGCUAUGCACACAUUUAUUCUGAAAAGCUUGUCCAUCUACCCCAUUGCUACUUUGUGAAUGAUUAUAAGCAGAAAAAUCGGGAUGUCUUAGAUCCAAAGUGCCAGCAUAAGCGAUCAGACUAUGGUCUCCCUGAAGACAAAUUUAUUUUUGCAUGCUUCAACCAGCUGUACAAAAUGGAUCCUGAAGUCUUUAAUACUUGGUGCAACAUUCUUAAACGUGUACCCAACUCUGCACUGUGGCUCCUCCGUUUCCCAGCUGCUGGAGAAAUGAGGCUUCGCCAAUAUGCUGUCGCACAAGGGGUGCAUCCAGAGCAGAUAAUUUUCACAGAUGUCGCCAUGAAACAUGAGCAUAUCAGACGCAGUGCUUUAGCAGAUCUAUUCCUUGACACGCCGCUAUGCAAUGCGCAUACAACAGGCACUGAUAUAUUAUGGGCUGGGUUGCCUAUGGUGACAUUACCUCUUGAGAAAAUGGCUACUAGGGUUGCUGGAUCACUUUGCCUUGCCACUGGUCUGGGUGAAGAAAUGAUUGUCAGCAGCAUGAAGGAAUAUGAAGAGAAGGCCGUUUCUUUGGCAUUGAAUAGGCCAAAGCUUCAGGCUCUUACCAAUAGGCUGAAGGCAGGUCGAAUGACUUGUCCUCUAUUUGACACUGCUCGCUGGGUGAGAAAUCUGGAAAGGUCUUACUUCAAAAUGUGGAAUCUUCAUUGCUCAGGCCAGCAGCUGCAGCACUUUAAAGUUACUGAGAAUGAUAUGGAAUUCCCUUACGAUAGAUAGGAGAGGGAAGAGACGGGAUUGUAGAUAAAAAAGCAAGAGAGAACAGUAAAAAAAGGGAUAUAGUAAUAUCUAGGAAGAGAUUCGUUAGUUAUUCAGAUGAAGCAGUUGUGAUGUGUUUAUAAUGUCCAUGCGGAUGGAUUGAAUCUCUACAUUUGGUAGAACCAUGGAAAACUUGGUAAGAGGAAUGGGUAAUUUACAAACCUGCCCCUUUAUAAAUAUUUUUGGCUUAA